CAGCUCCGCCGCGGGGACUGCACCGCCCGCCUGCCGGACCCGCCCCACCCGGGCUCGCCGCGCCAGCAGCCGCCGCCCAGCGACCUCAGGCCCCCGCGGGCGAUGGCCGUGCCCUGGGGCUGAGCGCACAGACCGUGUGACGGAGAUUCCUGAGGAGAGACUGAAGGGAAGAGAGGAAGGAGGGGCGGGCUCCUGGCAAGGCAUUAGCUCCUGAAAGAGCCCUGCAAAAGAUGGAGAAGGAGGAGGAGGAGGCGACCCGGGAGCUGCUGCUGCCCAACUGGCAGGGCAGUGGCUCCCAUGGGCUGACCAUUGCCCAGCGGGAUGAUGGCGUCUUCGUGCAGGAGGUGAUGCGGAACUCCCCUGCGGCCCGCACUGGGGUGGUCAAGGAGGGAGACCAGAUUGUGGGUGCUACCAUCUACUUUGACAACCUGCAGUCGGGCGAGGUGACCCAGCUGCUGAACACCAUGGGGCACCACACUGUGGGCCUGAAGCUGCACCGCAAGGGGGACCGCUCCCCUGAGCCUGGCCAGACCUGGACCCACGAGGUCUUCAGCUCCCACAGCUCUGAAGUGGUUCUGAGCGGGGAUGACGAGGAGUACCAGCGCAUCUACACCACCAAGAUCAAGCCUCGGCUGAGGUCGGAGGACGGAGUGGAAGGGGACCUUGGGGAGACGCAGAGCCGCACCAUAACGGUGACCAGAAGAGUCACAGCCUACACUGUGGAUGUGACGGGCCGGGAAGGUGCCAAGGACGUUGACAUCAGCAGCCCUGAAUUCAAGAUCAAGAUCCCCAGGCAUGAACUGACUGAGAUCUCCCACGUGGAUGUGGAGACCCAGCCUGGGAAGACAGUGAUCAGACUGCCCUCGGGCUCGGGGGUGGUGUCUCCAACCACAGGCUCUGCUGUGGACAUCCAAGCAGGGGCCAUUUCCGCUUCAGGACCAGAGCUCCAAGGUGCUGGCCAUUCGAAGGUCCAGGUCACCGUACCUGGGAUCAAGGUGGGAAGCCCGGGCAUCAAUGUCAGUGCAAAGGGCUUGGACUUGGGUGGCAAAGGAGGGAUCCAAGUUUCAGGAGUGGACAUUUCAUCUUCUCCUGGGAGUGGGGCAGUCAAUGUGCAGGGGCCGUCCCUUGAGAGUGGCAAUAAUGGGAAAAUUAAAAUUCCCACCAUGAAGAUGCCCAAGUUUGGUGUCUCCACAGGGCCCGAGAGCCAGGCACCAGAGGUAGGGCUGAGUGUUUCUGCACCUGAGCUCUCCGUGGGGCACAAGGACGGCAAGCCAGGCUUGACCAUCGGCGCGAACAUCCAGGCACCCCAGCUAGAAGUCAGCGCUCCUUCUGCCAGUAUUGAGGGCCUUGAGGGGAAGCUGAAGGGCCCCCAUAUCACUGGGCCAUCCAUCGAGGGUGGCCUAGGCCUGAAAGGUGCCAAGCCACAAGGGAGCAUAGGGUUGGACAUUUCUGCUCCCAAAGUUGAGGGCAGCAUCACUGGCCCCAGUGUGGAGGUUCGAGCCCCUGAUGUUGACGUUCAUGGGGCUGGGGGCAAACUGAGCAUGCCCGAAAUGAAAGUCCCCAAAUUCUCUGUGUCAGGUUCUAAGGGAGAAGGAGCUGGCAUUGAUGUGACACUGCCUGCAGGUGAAGUGACACUUCCUGCGGUUUCUGGGGACGUCAGCCUGCCUGGGGUUGCUCCUGGUGGUCUGGAAGGGAAGGUGAAGGGUGCCAAAGUCAAGACUCCUGAGAUGAUAAUUCAGAAGCCUAAAAUCUCUAUGCAGGAUGUGGAUCUGAGCCUUAGGUCUCCUAAACUGAAAGGCGAUAUUAAGGUUUCUGCUCCUGGGAUACAGGGUGAUGUUAAAGGCCCCCAAGUGGAUGUAGAGGCACCCAGCCUAGAAGGCCCCAAGCUUAGUGGCCCUUCUGGGAAAACAGGGACCUGCAGGAUCUCUAUGGCAGAUGUAGACUUAAAUGUGGCUGCUCCUAAAGUGAAAGGGGGUAUAGAUGUCACUCUCCCAAAAGUAGAAGGGAAAGAUACAGUCCCUGGAGUUGAUGUCACAGGCCCCAAAGUCAAUGUCAGUGCCCCAGAUGUGGAGGUUCAUGGCCCAGAGUGGAACCUGAACAUGCCCAAGAUAAAAAUGCCUAAGUUCACCACUCCAGUAGUCAAAGGGGAAGGCCCAGAAUUAGACGUGAAUUUACCAAAAGAAGAUGUCAGUAUUUCAGGGCCCAAAGUCAGUGUGGAAGCCCCAAAUGUGAACAUUGAGGGUCUGGGGGGCAAACUUAAAGGCUCUGAUAUUAAGCUGCCUGAAGUGAGUGUCAAGACACCAAAGAUGUCCAUGCCUGAUGUAGAUUUGCAUGUCAAAGGUACAAAGGUGAAGGGCGAGUACGAUGUAACAGUGCCAAAGCUUGAAGGGGAACUGAAAGGCCCCAAAGUGGACAUUGAUGCCCCGGAUGUGGAUGUUCAUGGCCCAGAUUGGCAUCUGAAGAUGCCCAAGAUGAAAAUACCCAAAUUCAGUGUGCCGGGGUUCAAAGCAGAAGGCCCAGAAAUGGAUGUGAACCUGCCCAAGGCCAGUGUGGACAUUUCUGGGCCCAAGGUAGAUGUAGGUGCUCCAGAUGUGAGCAUUGAGGGACCAGAAGGGAAAUUGAAAGGGCCCAAAUUUAAGAUGUCUGAGAUGAAUAUCAAAGCCCCAAAGAUCUCCAUCCCAGAUGUGGACUUGCAUUUGAAAGGUCCUAAAGCAAGGGGAGAGUAUGAUGUCACAGUGCCAAAGGUUGAGGGUGAGAUUAAAGUUCCUGAUGUUGAACUUAAGAGUGCCAAAGUGGACAUUGAUGCCCCAGAUGUGAACGUUCAAGGCCCAGACUGGCACCUGAAGAUGCCCAAGGUGAAAACGCCCAAGUUCAGCAUGCCUGGCUUCAAGGCAGAGGGCCCAGAAGUGGAUGUGAACCUGCCCAAGGCUGACAUUGAUGUCUCAGCACCCAAGGUGGAUGUCAAAGUUCCAGAUGUGAAUAUUGAAGGACCCGAAGGGAAGCUGAAGGGUCCCAAGUUUAAAAUGCCUGAAAUGAACAUCCAGGGCCCCAAGAUCUCCAUGCCAGAUGUGGAUUUGCAUAUGAAAAGUCCCAAGGUAAAGGGAGAAUAUGAUGUUACAGUGCCAAAGCUAGAAGGGGAGCUGAGAGAGCCAAACGUAGACGUCAGUGCCCCAGAUGUUGAAAUUCAUGGUCCUGAUUGGAACCUGAAGAUGCCUAAGAUGAAAAUGCCCAAAUUCACCAUGCCCAGCCUCAAAGGAGAGGGUCCAGAAGUGGAUGUGAACCUGCCCAAGGCUGCUGUGGACAUUUCUGGGCCCAAGGUAGAUAUUAGUGCUCCAGAUGUGAGCUUUGAAGGCCCAGAAGGGAAAUUGAAAGGCCCCAAGUUUAAGAUGCCUGAGAUGCACUUCAAAGCUCCUAAGAUAUCUCCUCCAGAUGUUGACCUGGAUCUUAAAGGACCCAAAAUGAAAGGAAAUCUAGAUGUGCCUACACCAAAAGUAGAAGCUGAGAUGAAAGCUCCAGAUGUGGAUAUCAGAGGCCCCAAGGUAGACAUUAAAGCACCAGAUGUAGAUGUUCAAGGUCCCGAUUGGAGCUUGAAAAUGCCCAAGAUGAAAAUGCCCAAGUUCAGCAUGCCCAGCUUCAAAGCAGAGGGACCUGAAAUGGACGUGAACCUGCCCAAGGCUGACAUUGAUGUCUCAGUACCCAAAGUGGACAUUGAUGCUCCAGAUGUGAGCCUUGAGGGUCCACAAGGAAAGCUGAAAGGACCCAAAUUUAAGAUGCCUGAGAUGCACUUCAAGGCCCCCAAGAUCUCCAUGCCUGAUGUGGAUUUGAAAGGCCCCAAAGUCAAAGGGGAUGUGGAUAUAUCUGCUCCCAAGUUAGAAGGUGAAAUGAAGGUGCCAGAUGUGGACCUCAAAGGGCCCAAAGUGGAUAUCAGUGCCCCAGAUGUUGAUAUUCAUGGCCCAGACUGGAACUUGAAAAUGCCUAAGAUGAAAAUGCCCAAGUUCAGCAUGCCUGGCUUUAAAGCAGAGGGCCCAGAAGUGGAUGUGAAUCUGCCCAAAGCUGACAUUGACAUCUCUGGGCCCAAGGUGGACAUUGAAGCCCCAGAUGUGAGCCUUGAGGGCCCAGAAGGGAAGCUGAAAGGUCCCAAGUUUAAGAUGCCUGAGAUGCACUUCAAGUCCCCCAAAAUGUCUAUGCCUGAUGUGGACUUAAACUUGAAAGGCCCCAAAGUCAAAGGGGAUGUGGAUGUAUCUGUGCCCAAGUUAGAAGGUGAAAUGAAAGUGCCAGAUGUGGGCAUCAAAGGGCCGAAAGUGGACAUCAGUGCCCCAGAUGUUGAUGUUCAUGGCCCAGACUGGCACCUGAAGAUGCCCAAGAUGAAAAUGCCCAAGUUCAGCAUGCCCGGCUUCAAAGGAGAGGGCCCAGAAGUAGAUGUGAACCUGCCCAAGGCUGAUAUUGACAUCUCUGGACCCAAGGUUGACAUUGAAGCCCCAGAUGUGAGCCUUGAGGGUCCAGAAGGGAAGCUGAAAGGUCCCAAGUUUAAGAUGCCUGAGAUGCACAUCAAGGCACCCAAGAUCUCCAUGCCUGACGUUGACCUGAAUCUUAAAGGGCCCAAACUAAAGGGAGAUGUGGAUGUAUCUUUGCCUGAGGUCGAAGGUGAAAUGAAAGUGCCAGAUGUGGACAUCAAAGGGACCAAAGUGGACAUCAGUGCCCCAGAUGUGGAAGUUCAUGGCCCAGACUGGCACCUGAAGAUGCCCAAGAUGAAAAUGCCCAAGUUCAGCAUGCCUGGCUUUAAAGCAGAGGGCCCAGAAGUGGAUGUGAACCUGCCCAAGGCCGGCAUCGAUGUCUCAGCACCUCAAGUAGAUAUAAGUGCACCAGAUGUAAACAUUGAAGGUCCGGAUGCCAAAGUAAAAGGUCCCAAAUUUAAGAUGCCAGAUAUGAAUAUAAAACCUCAGAAGAUAUCCAUGCCAGAUGUUGGCUUACAUUUGAAAGGUCCUAAGAUGAAAGGAGAUUAUGAUGUUACGGUCCCAAAGCUAGAAGGAGAGAUAAAAGCUCCUGAGGUGGACAUUAAAGGCCCCAAAGUAGACAUUAAUGCACCAGAUGUGGAAGCUCGUGGCCCAGACUGGCACCUGAAGAUGCCCAAGGUGAAAAUGCCCAAGUUCAGCAUGCCUGGCUUCAAAGGUGAGGGCCCAGAAGUGGAUGUGAACCUGCCCAAGGCUGACAUUGAUGUCUCAGGACCCAAGGUAGAUAUCAGUGUUCCAGAUGUUAAUAUUGAAGGUCCAGAUGCAAAACCCAAGGGCCCCAAGUUCAAGAUGCCAAGCAUGAGUAUACAGACACACAAAAUUUCUAUGCCUGAUGUUGGACUUAAUCUGAAAUCUCCUAAGCUGAAAAGUGAUGUAGAUGUUUCCAUUCCCAAAGUGGAAGGAGACUUCAAAGGUCCUGAAAUUGAUGUGAAAGCCCCUAAGAUGGACGUGGAUGUUGGUGAUAUUGAUAUUGAAUGUCCAGAAGGAAAGUUGAAGGGCCCCAAGUUUAAGAUGCCAGACAUGCAUUUCAAGGCCCCUAAGAUAUCCAUGCCUGAUGUGAACUUAAACUUGAAAGGCCCCAAAGUUAAAGGGGAUGUGGAUGUGUCUGUGCCUAAGAUGGAAGGUGAAAUGAAAGUGCCAGAUGUGGACAUCAAAGGCCCCAAAGUGGACAUUGGUGCCCCUGAUGUGGAUGUUCAUGGCCCAGACUGGCACCUGAAGAUGCCCAAGGUGAAAAUGCCCAAGUUCAGCAUGCCUGGCUUCAAAGGAGAGGGCCCAGAAGUGGAUGUGAACCUGCCUAAGGCCGACAUUAACAUUUCUAGCCCCAAAGUUGACAUUGAUGCUCCUGAUUUGGACAUUGAGGGACCAGAAGGAAAAUUAAAAGGUUCCAAAUUUAAGAUGCCCAAGUUGAAUAUCAAAGCUCCUAAGAUCUCCAUGCCAGAUGUGGACUUGAAUUUGAAGGGACCCAAACUGAAAGGGGAGAUAGAUGCUUCUGUGCCAGAACUGGAAGGUGAUCUCAGAGGUCCUCAAGUUGAUAUCAAAGGCCCCAGCGUGGACGUGGAGGUGCCUGAUGUUGACCUGGAAUGUCCUGAUGCAAAGUUGAAAGGCCCCAAAUUUAAGAUGCCAGACAUGCACUUCAAGACCCCCAAGAUCUCCAUGCCUGAUGUGGACUUAAACUUGAAAGGCCCCAAAGUCAAGGGGAAUGUAGAUAUUUCCGUGCCAAAGUUGGAAGGAGAUUUGAAAGGCCCCAGUGUGGAUGUGGAGGUGCCUAAUGUCGAUUUGGAAUGUCCUGAUGCAAAGUUGAAAGGCCCCAAGUUUAAGAUGCCAGACAUGCAUUUCAAGGCCCCCAAGAUCUCCAUGCCUGAUGUGGACUUAAACUUGAAAGGCCCCAAAGUCAAAGGGGAUAUGGAUGUGUCUGUACCCAAGUUAGAAGGUGAAAUGAAAGUGCCAGAUGUGGACAUCAAAGGGCCCAAAAUGGAUAUCAAUGCCCCAGAUGUGGAUGUUCAUGGCCCAGACUGGCACCUGAAGAUGCCUAAGAUCAAAAUGCCCAAGUUCAGCAUGCCCAGCUUCAAAGGAGAGGGCCCAGAAGUAGAUGUGAACCUGCCCAAAGCUGACAUUGACAUCUCUGCACCGAAGGUUGACGUUGAAGCCCCAGAUGUGAGCCUUGAGGGUCCAGAAGGGAAGCUGAAAGGUCCCAAGUUUAAGAUGCCAGACAUGCACUUCAAGACCCCCAAGAUCUCCAUGCCUGAUGUGGACUUACACUUGAAAGGCCCCAAAGUCAAAGGGGACAUGGAUGUUUCUGUACCAAAAUUAGAGGGAGAGUUGAAAGGCCCCGUUGUGGAUGUGGAGGUGCCUGAUGUUGACCUGGAAUGUCCUGAUGCAAAGUUGAAAGGCCCCAAGUUUAAGAUGCCAGACAUGCAUUUCAAGGCCCCCAAGAUCUCCAUGCCUGAUGUGGACUUAAACUUGAAAGGCCCCAAAGUCAAAGGCGAUAUGGAUGUGUCUGUACCCAAGUUAGAAGGUGAAAUGAAAGUGCCUGAUAUGGACAUCAAAGGCCCCAAAGUGGACAUCAGUGUCCCAGAUGUCGAUGUUCAUGGCCCAGACUGGCAUCUAAAGAUGCCCAAGAUGAAAAUGCCCAAGUUCAGCAUGCCCGGCUUCAAAGGAGAGGGUCCAGAAGUGGAUGUAAACUUACCCAAGCCAGAUAUUGACAUUUCAGGCCCCAAGGUGGACAUUGAGGCUCCAGAUGUGAACAUCGAGGGUCCUGAAGGAAAACUAAAAGGCCCUAAGUUCAAGAUGCCUGAAAUGCACUUCCACACCCCCAAGAUCUCCAUGCCUGACAUUGAUUUCAACUUAAAGGGGCCUAAAGUCAAGGGAGAUGUUGAUGUUUCUGCCCCAAAACUGGAAGGAGAGUUAAAGGGCCCAGAAUUGGAUGUCAAAGGCCCCAAAUUGGAUGUUGAUAUGGAAGGCCCAGAUGGCAAAUGGAAAAGUCCUAAGUUUAAGAUGCCAGACAUGCACUUUAAAGCUCCCAAAAUUGCCAUGCCAGACGUUGACCUACACUUAAAAAGCUCCAGAAUAAAGGGAGAGAUGGACAUAGAUGUUCCCAAAUUGGAAGGAGACCUCAAAGGGCCACAUGUGGACAUCAGUGGGCCAGACAUUGACAUCGAAGGACCAGAGGGCAAAUUGAAAGGUCCCAAGUUCAAGAUGCCUGACAUGCAUUUCAAAGCCCCCAAUAUUUCUAUGCCUGAUGUGGACCUAAAUCUGAAAGGACCCAAAAUCAAGGGGGAUGUAGAUGUGACUGUGCCUGAGGUGGAAGGUAAAAUUAAAGUACCAGAUGUGGACAUCAAGGGCCCCAAAGUAGACAUAAAUGCUCCCGAAGUUCAUGGCCCAGACUGGCACUUGAAGAUGCCUAAGAUGAAAAUGCCCAAGUUCAGCAUGCCAGGCUUCAAGGGAGAAGUCCCUGAAGUGGAUGUGAGCCUGCCCAAGGCAGACAUUGAUGUCUCAGGACCCAAGGUGGACAUUGAAGGUCCCGAUGUUAACAUUGAAGGACCAGAGGGAAAGUUGAAAGGACCUAAGUUCAAGAUGCCUGAGAUGAACAUCAAAGCCCCCAAGAUCUCCAUGCCUGACUUUGAUUUGCACCUGAAGGGUCCCAAGGUAAAGGGCGAUAUGGACGUUUCCCUGCCUAAGGUGGAAGGUGACCUAAAGGCCCCUAAAGUUGACAUCCAAGGCCCCAAAGUGGACAUCAAUGCCCCAGAUGUGGGUGUUCAAGGCCCAGACUGGCACCUGAAGAUGCCCAAGAUGAAAAUGCCCAAGUUCAGCAUGCCUGGCUUCAAAGGAGAGGGCCCAGAAGUAGAUGUAAACCUGCCCAAGGCUGACAUGGAAGUUUCAGGGCCCAAGGUGGACAUUGAAGGACCUGAUGUUAACAUUGAAGGACCAGAAGGAAAACUGAAAGGUCCUAAGUUCAAGAUGCCUGAGAUGAACAUCAAAGCCCCCAAGAUCUCCAUGCCUGACUUUGAUUUGCACCUGAAAGGUCCCAAAGUGAAGGGUGAUGUGGAUGUUUCCCUGCCUAAGGUGGAAGGUGACUUAAAGGGCCCGGAAGUUGACAUCAAAGGCCCCAAAGUGGACAUUGAUGUCCCAGAUGUGGAUGCUCAUGGCCCAGACUGGCACCUGAAGAUGCCCAAGGUGAAAAUGCCCAAGUUCAGCAUGCCUGGCUUCAAAGGCGAGGGCCCAGAUGUAGAUGUGAACCUGCCCAAGGCUGACAUUGACAUCUCAGGACCCAAAGUGGAUGUUGAGUGUCCUGAUGUUAAUAUUGAAGGACCUGAAGGAAAAUGGAAAAGCCCAAAGUUUAAGAUGCCUGAAAUGCAUUUUAAAACUCCAAAGAUAUCUAUGCCAGAUAUUGACCUUAAUCUUACCGGCCCCAACAUAAAAGGAGAUGUGGAUGUUACAGUUCCCAAGGUAGAGGGAGAACUGAAAGUCCCAGAAGUUGACAUCAAAGGCCCCAAAGUGGACAUCGAUGUCCCAGAUGUAGACGUUCAUGGCCCAGACUGGCACCUGAAGAUGCCCAAGGUGAAAAUGCCCAAAUUCAGCAUGCCUGGCUUCAAAGGCGAGGGCCCAGAAGUAGAUGUGAAUUUGCCCAAGGCCGACGUUGACAUCUCAGGACCCAAGGUGGACAUUGAAGGACCUGAUGUUAACAUUGAAGGACCAGAGGGAAAGUUGAAAGGUCCUAAGUUCAAGAUGCCUGAGAUGAACAUCAAAGCCCCCAAGAUCUCCAUGCCUGAUAUUGAUUUGCACCUGAAGGGUCCCAAGGUAAAGGGCGAUAUGGAUGUUUCCCUGCCUAAGGUGGAAGGUGACUUAAAGGCCCCUAAAGUGGACAUCAAAGGUCCCAAAGUGGAUAUUGAUGUCCCUGAUGUGGAUGCUCGGGGCCCAGACUGGCAUCUAAAAAUGCCCAAGGUGAAAAUGCCCAAGUUCAGCAUGCCUGGCUUCAAAGGAGAGGGUCCAGAAGUGGAUGUGAACUUGCCCAAGGCUGACAUUGAUAUCUCAGGACCCAAAGUGGAUGUUGAAUGUCCUGAUGUGAAUAUUGAAGGACCAGAAGGAAAGUUGAAAGGUCCUAAGUUCAAGAUACCUGAGAUGAACAUCAAAGCCCCCAAGAUCUCCAUGCCUGACAUUGAUCUGAAUCUGAAGGGCCCCAAAGUAAAAGGUGAUGUAGAUGUGUCUUUGCCAAAAGUGGAGGGUGAGAUUAAAGCUCCUGAUGUGGACAUCAAAGGACCCAAAAUGGACAUUGGUGCCCCGGAUGUGGACAUUCAUGGCCCAGACUGGCACUUGAAGAUGCCCAAGGUGAAAAUGCCCAAGUUCAGCAUGCCUGGCUUCAAAGGAGAAGGCCCAGAAGUGGAUGUGAACCUGCCCAAGGCUGACAUUGAUGUUUCAGGGCCCAAGGUGGACAUUGAUGUUCCAGAUGUGAAUAUUGAAGGUCCAGAUGCAAAACUGAAGGGCCCCAAGUUCAAGAUGCCGGAUGUGAAUAUCAAAGCUCCUAAGAUAUCAAUGCCAGAUGUGGACCUUAAUCUUAAAGGCCCUAAAAUGAAAGGAGAGGUGGAUGUUUCACUUCCAAAUGUAGAAGGUGAUUUGAAAGGACCCACUCUUGACAUAAAGGGCCCAAAGAUAGAUGUAGAUGCUCCAGAUAUUGACAUUCACGGCCCAGAAGGCAAAUUAAAAGGUCCAAAAGUGAAGAUGCCGGACAUGCAUGUAAACAUACCCAAGAUCUCCAUGCCAGAUAUUGAUCUGAAUUUGAAAGGCGCUAAGCUGAAGGGAGAUGUUGAUGUCUCUGGGCCCAAAUUAGAAGGUGACAUUAAAGCUCCCAAAUUGGAUGUAAAAGUUCCAGAAGUGGACAUUUCUGGCCCUAAGCUCAACAUUGAAGGGAAAUCAAAGAAAUCUCGUUUUAAGCUUCCCAAAUUUAAUUUUUCAGGCUCCAAAGUUCAGACACCUGAAGUGGAUGUCAAAGUUAAAAAGCCAGAUAUUGACGUGACAAGUCCAAAAGUGGAUAUUAAUGCUCCUGAUGUUGAGGUGCAAGGAAAAGUGAAAGGGUCCAAGUUCAAAAUGCCUUUCCUUAGUAUUUCAUCUCCCAAAGUUUCUAUGCCUGAUGUGGAGUUAAACCUGAAAGGUCCUAAAGUCAAAGGUGAGUUAGAUGUUGCAGUUCCUAAUUUAGAAGGUGACUUUAAAGGUCCCAAAAUGGAUAUUAAGGCACCAGAAGUCCAUCUUGAUGCACCUGAUGUAGAUGUUCACGGUCCAGACUGGAAUCUGAAAAUGCCUAAGAUGAAGAUGCCCAAGUUCAGUGUGCCUGGCUUAAAAGCAGAAGGGCCAGAUAUGGCAAUGGAUCUGCCAAAAGGAGAUAUCAACAUAGAGAGUCCCAGUGUGAACAUCGAGGGCCCAGAAAUCAAUGUGGAAGGUCCAGAGGGAAGCUUAAAAGGUCCCAAGUUCAAGAUGCCUGACUUGAACAUCAAAGCUCCCAAGGUCUCCAUGCCUGACAUUGACUUAAACUUGAAGGGACCCAAGGUGAAAGGUGAUGUGGAUGUUUCUCUGCCCAAAGUUGAAGGGGACUUGAGAGGGCCUGAGGUUGAUAUCAAAGGCCCCAAAGUGGACAUUGAUGCCCCCGAUGUGGAUGUUCAUGGCCCAGACUGGCACCUGAAGAUGCCCAAGGUGAAAAUGCCCAAGUUCAGCAUGCCUGGCUUCAAAGGAGACGGCCCAGAAGUGGAUGUGAACCUGCCCAAGGCUGACAUUGAUGUCUCAGGACCCAAGGUGGACAUUGAUGUUCCAGAUGUGAAUAUUGAAGGUCCAGAUGCAAAACUGAAGGGUCCCAAGUUCAAGAUGCCUGAGAUGAACAUCAAAGCUCCCAAGAUUUCUAUGCCUGACAUUGAUCUAAACCUGAAGGGAUCAAAAAUGAAGGGUGAUGUGGAUGUGUCUUUGCCAAGAGUGGAAGGUGACCUAAAAGGCCCUGAAAUAGAUAUCAAGGGCCCCAAAUUGGACAUUGACACUCCUGAUAUUAACAUCGAAGGCCCAGAAGGCAAAUUAAAGGGGCCCAAAUUUAAGAUGCCAGAGAUGCACCUAAAGGCCCCCAAAAUGUCAAUGCCAGACAUUGAUUUAAACCUGAAGGGCCCCAAAGUGAAGGGUGAUGUGGAUGUUUCACUUCCCAAGGUUGAAGGGGAUCUGAAAGGCCCUGAAGUAGACCUGAAAGGCCCCAAAGUGGACAUCGAUGUCCCAGAUGUGGACGUUCAUGGCCCAGACUGGCACCUGAAGAUGCCCAAGGUGAAAAUGCCCAAAUUCAGCAUGCCUGGCUUCAAAGGCGAGGGCCCAGAAGUGGAUGUGAAUUUGCCCAAGGCCGACGUUGACAUCUCAGGACCCAAGGUGGACAUUGAAGGACCUGAUGUUAACAUUGAAGGACCAGAGGGAAAGUUGAAAGGUCCUAAGUUCAAGAUGCCUGAGAUGAACAUCAAAGCCCCCAAGAUCUCCAUGCCUGACUUUGAUUUGCACCUGAAAGGGCCCAAGGUGAAAGGAGAUGUGGAUGUUUCCCUGCCUAAGGUAGAAGGUGACUUAAAGGGCCCGGAAGUAGAUAUCAAAGGCCCCAAAGUGGACAUUGAUGCCCCCGAUGUGGAUGUUCAUGGCCCAGAUUGGCACCUGAAGAUGCCCAAAAUAAAAAUGCCCAAGUUCAGCAUGCCUGGCUUCAAAGGAGAGGGCCCAGAAGUGGAUGUGAAUCUGCCCAAGGCUGACAUUGAUAUCUCUGGACCCAAAGUGGACAUUGAUGCUCCAGAUGUGAAUAUUGAAGGUCCAGAUGCGAAACUGAAGGGCCCCAAGUUCAAGAUGCCUGAGAUGAACAUCAAAGCUCCCAAGAUCUCCAUGCCUGACUUUGAUUUGCACCUGAAAGGUCCCAAGGUGAAGGGUGACGUGGAUGUUUCUCUACCCAAAGUGGAAGGUGACCUGAAGGGCCCAGAAGUUGACAUUAAAGGCCCCAAAGUGGACAUUGAUGCCCCAGAUGUGGAUGUUCACGGUCCAGACUGGCACCUGAAGAUGCCCAAGGUGAAAAUGCCCAAGUUCAGCAUGCCUGGCUUCAAAGGAGAGGGCCCAGAAGUGGAUGUGAACCUGCCCAAGGCUGACAUUGAUGUCUCAGGACCCAAGGUGGACAUUGAUGUUCCAGAUGUGAAUAUCGAAGCUCCAGAUGCAAAACUGAAGGGACCCAAGUUUAAAAUGCCUGACCUGCACCUCAAGGCGCCCAAGAUCUCUAUGCCUGAAAUUGACUUAAACCUGAAGGGUCCAAAGGUGAAAGGUGAUAUGGAUGUUUCUCUGCCCAAAGUGGAAGGUGACCUGAAGGGCCCUGAAGUUGACAUAAAAGGCCCCAAAGUAGACAUUGAUGCCCCAGAUGUGGACGUUCACGGUCCAGACUGGCACCUGAAGAUGCCCAAGGUGAAAAUGCCCAAGUUCAGCAUGCCUGGCUUCAAAGGAGAAGGCCCAGAAGUGGAUGUGAACCUGCCCAAGGCUGACAUUGAUGUCUCAGGACCCAAGGUGGACAUUGAUGUUCCAGAUGUGAAUAUCGAAGGCCCAGAUGCGAAACUGAAGGGCCCCAAGUUCAAGAUGCCUGAGAUGAACAUUAAAGCUCCCAAGAUCUCCAUGCCUGACUUUGAUUUGCACCUGAAGGGCCCCAAAGUAAAGGGUGAUGUGGACGUUUCUCUACCCAAAGUGGAAAGCGACAUAAAGGGCCCUGAAAUGGAUAUCAAGGGCCCAAAGUUGGACAUCAAAACUCCUGAUGUCAAUAUUGAAGGUCCAGAAGGGAAACUGAAGGGGCCCAAAUUUAAGAUGCCAGAGAUGCACAUCAAAGCCCCCAAGAUUUCCAUGCCUGAUUUUGACUUAAAUCUGAAGGGGCCAAAGGUAAAGGGGGAUGUGGACCUUUCACUCCCCAAGGUGGAAAGUGACCUGAAAGUACCAGAGGUGGACAUCGAAGGUCCUGAAGGAAAAAUCAAAGGGCCAAAAUUUAAGGUGCCUGAUGUCCAUUUCAAAACUCCUCAAAUCUCCAUGAGUGACAUUGAUUUGAAUUUGAAAGGGCCUAAGGCAAAAGGAGAUUUGGACAUUUCUCUUCCUAAACUGGAAGGAGAUCUGAAAGGCCCCAAAGUGGAUGUCAAAGCCCCUAAGCUGGAUAUAGACACUCCUGACAUUGACAUCCAUGGUCCAGAAGGGAAACUGAAGGGCCCCAAGUUUAAAAUGCCUGACCUGCACCUCAAGGCACCCAAGAUCUCCAUGCCUGAAGUUGACCUGAAUCUGAAGGGUCCAAAGGUGAAAGGUGAUAUGGAUGUUUCUCUACCCAAAGUAGAAGGUGACCUAAAGGGCCCUGAAGUUGAUAUCAGGGGCCCCAAAGUAGAUGUUGAUGUCCCAGAUGUGGAUGUUCAUGGCCCAGACUGGCACCUGAAGAUGCCCAAGGUAAAAAUGCCCAAGUUCAGCAUGCCUGGCUUCAAAGGAGAGGGCCCAGAAGUGGAUGUGAAUCUGCCCAAGGCCGACAUUGACAUCUCAGGACCCAAGGUGGACAUUGACGUUCCAGAUGUGAAUAUCGAAGCUCCAGAUGCAAAACUGAAGGGCCCCAAGUUCAAGAUGCCUGAGAUGAACAUCAAAGCUCCCAAGAUCUCUAUGCCUGACCUUGACUUACACCUGAAGAGCCCCAAAGUGAAGGGUGAUGUGGAUGUUUCGCUGCCUAAACUGGAAGGUGACUUGAAGGGCCCUGAAGUUGACAUUAAAGGCCCCAAAGUGGACAUUGAUGCCCCAGAUGUGGAUGUUCACGGUCCAGACUGGCACCUGAAGAUGCCCAAGGUGAAAAUGCCCAAGUUCAGCAUGCCUGGCUUCAAAGGAGAGGGCCCAGAAGUGGAUGUGAACCUGCCCAAGGCUGACAUUGAUGUCUCAGGACCCAAGGUGGACAUUGAUGUUCCAGAUGUGAAUAUUGAAGGCCCAGAUGCAAAAUUGAAGGGCCCCAAGUUCAAGAUGCCCGAAAUAAAUAUAAAGGCUCCUAAGAUCUCCAUGCCUGAUGUUGACCUGGAUUUGAAAGGACCCAAAGUAAAAGAUUUUGAUGUGUCUGUCCCUAAGGUUGAAGGUACUUUCAAAGGCCCAGAAGUAGACCUUAAAGGUCCAGGUCUAGAUUUAAAAGGCCCUGAUGCCAAAUUCAGUGGCCCAGAUUUGAAGAUGCCGUCACUAGAUAUAUCUGCCCCUAAAGUAACCGCUCCUGAUAUUGAUUUGCAUCUGAAAGCACCAAAAAUUGGAGUUUCUGGCCCCAAAUUAGAAGGCAGUGAACUGGACCUCAAGGGCCCCAAAGUUGAUUUAGAAGCUCCAAGCUUAGAUGUACACAUGGACAGCCCAGAUAUUAACAUUGAGGGGCCAGAUGUUAAAAUCCCCAAGUUUAAGAAACCCAAGUUUGGAUUUGGGGCAAAAAGCCCCAAAGCUGACAUCAAGUCACCUUCACUAGAUGUGACUGUUCCCGAGGCAGAGCUGAAUGUUGAGACUCCUGAAAUUAGUGUUGGUGGCAAGGGCAAGAAAAGCAAGUUUAAAAUGCCGAAAAUUCACAUGAGUGGCCCUAAACUUAAGCCCAAAAAGCAGGGAUUUGACUUGAAUGUUCCUGGAGGCGAAAUCGACGCUAGUCUCAAGACCCCUGAUGUAGACGUCAAUGUUGUGGGGCCGGAUGCUGCACUAAAAGUUGAUGUGAAGUCUCCCAAAACCAAGAAACCUAUGUUUGGAAAAAUGUACUUCCCGGAUGUAGAAUUUGACAUUAAAUCACCUAAAUUUAAGGCUGAGGCACCCCUCCCAAGCUCCAAAUUGGAGGGUGAAAUCCAAGCACCUGAUCUGGAUAUUUCUUCACCGGGGAUUAAUGUGGAAGGUCCAGACAUCAAGCUGAAGGCUCCCAAGUUCAAGGUGCCAGGUGUGGAUGUCUCAGGGCCAAAAAUAGAGGGCAACUUAAAAGGCCCUAGGGUGCAGGCAAACUUGGACGCACCUAACAUCAACAUUGAAGGCCCAGAUGCUAAAGUCAAAGCACCGUCUUUUGGCAUUUCUACCCCUCAAGUCUCCAUCCCCGACGUAAAUGUGAACUUGAAAGGACCAAAGGUAAAGGGUGAUGUCCCUAGUGUGGGGCUGGAAGGACCAGACGUAGAUCUGCAAGGUCCGGAAGCAAAAAUCAAGUUCCCCAAGUUUUCAAUGCCCAAAAUCGGUGUCCCUGGCAUGAAAAUGGAGGACGGGAAAGCUGAGAUCCAUGCCCAGUUGCCCUGCCUGGAAGGAGGCUUGAGUGCGCCCGAUGUUAGGCUCGAAGGGCCUGACGUGUCUCUGAAGGGGCCAAAAGUAGACUUGCCUUCAGUGAACCUCUCAAUGCCGAAAGUCUCCGGGCCUGACCUUGACCUCAACUUGAAAGGACCAAGUUUGAAGGGGGACCUGGAUGCAUCUAUUCCCAGCAUGAAGGUGCAUGCCCCAGGGCUUAACCUCAAAGGUGUCAGUGGAAAGGUGCAGAUGGAAGGAGAUGGAGUAAAAGUUCCGGGGAUUGAUGCCCCAUCACUCAGUGUUCAUGCGCCUGAUGUGACGCUGAAGGGACCAAGCCUGCAAGGAGACCUGAAUGUCUCUGGUGACAUCAAGUGCCCGAAAGUCUCAGUAGGUGCUCCUGAUCUAAGCUUGGAGGCACCUGAUGGUGGUAUUAAACUUCCCAAAAUGAACCUUCCCCAGUUUGGCAUCUCCACUCCGGGGUCCGAUGUAGACAUUAACAUCAAAGGGCCACAAGUGGCUGGAGAACUGAAGGGGCCAGGCGUGGAUGUGAACCUUGGAGGUGUGAACCUGAAAGGGCCUCAGAUUUCUUCCCCUCACAUCUCAGCACCGGAUGUGGACUUUAGCCUGGAAGGACCAAAAAUCAAAAGUGAGAUGAAAGGCCCCUCUAUUGGAGGAGGUCUUGCUGGCAUCAAUGUUCAAGGUCUAGAAGGAAGCCUGCAGAUGCCUGGAAUCAAGUCCUCUGGAUGUGAUGUGGAGCUGCCAGGUGUGAAGGUGAAACUCCCAACUGGGCAGAUUUCUGGUCCUGAAAUCAAAGGUGAUCUGAAAGGUUCUGGUCUGGGUUUUGAUGGGGCUGCUCCUGAUAUCAGCGUGAAAGGGCCUUCAUUUAACAUGGCAGCUCCUGAGUCAGAUUUCAGUGUUGGCCUGAAGGGCCCAAAAAUCAAAGGAGGUGUGGAUGUUUCCGGGGGUGUCAGUGCCCCAGGCAUCAGCCUGGGCGAAGGGCAUAUGAGUGUCAAAGGUUCUGGAGGGGAAUGGAAGGGCCCCCAGGUCUCCUCUGCUCUCAACUUGGAGGCACCUAAGUUUGCUGGGGGACUUCAUUUCUCAGGACCAAAGGUAGAAGGCGGUGUGAAAGAAGGCCAGAUUGGACUCCAGGGUCCUGGGCUGAGUGUGUCUGGGCCUCAAGGUCACUCGGGAAGUGGAUCUGGAAAAGUAACAUUCCCCAAGAUGAAGAUCCCCAAAUUCACCUUCUCUGGCCGGGAGCUGGUUGGCAGAGAAGUAGGGGUGGAUGUUAACUUCCCCAAAGCAGAGGCCAGUGUCCAGGCUGCUGCCGCAGAAGGUGAAUGGGAAGAGUCCGAAGUGAAACUCAAGAAGUCCAAGAUCAAGAUGCCCAAGUUUAAUUUCUCUAAGCCUAAAGGGAAAGGUGGUGUCACCGGCUCACCAGAAGCAUCCAUCUCGGGGUCCAAAGGUGACCUGAAAAGCUCGAAGGCCAGCUUAGGCUCUCUGGAAGGAGAAGCAGAGGGUGAAACGUCUUCUCCCAAAGGCAAAUUCUCCUUAUUUAAAAGCAAGAAGCCCGGGCACCGCUCGAACUCCUUCAGCGAUGAGAGGGAGUUCUCUGCGCCUUCCACCCCGACAGGGACUUUGGAGUUUGAAGGUGGGGAAGUGUCAUUAGAAGGUGGAAAGGCCAAAGGGAAACAUGGAAAGCUGAAAUUUGGUACCUUUGGUGGGUUGGGGUCAAAGAGCAAAGGUCAUUAUGAGGUGACUGGGAGCGAUGAUGAAGCAGGCAAGUUACAGGGGAGUGGAGCGUCCUUGGCCUCAAAGAAGUCCCGGCUGUCAUCAUCUUCUAGCAAUGACAGUGGGACCAAGGUUGGCAUCCAACUUCCUGAGGUAGAAGUGGCGGUUUCCAUGAAGAAAGAGUAGCAGGCCUUUGUAUGUGUGUACAUAUAUAUAUAUAAAUACAUCAGCCUUGGGUGUGUUUGUGUAUAAACUCCAAAGAGAAACACGCCUAUAGCCUCAGCAAUAAUGCAAAGAGCUUGCCUCUCCCAGUGGCAAGUGCUGACAAACCAACUGCCUUCAGGCUGCGGGAACCUUACACGUAGUUCAAGGGUUCCGAGUUCAUCCAGCCCAUGCGCAAAGUCAACAGUAUCUGGCUUAAGAUUUCAGUUUUUUGUUUUUUUGUUUCUGCGUUGAAUGCUGAGAGCUCCCGUUUACUAAGCAAGCUUUUGUGUUUAUUAUCCUCAUUUUUACUGAACAUUGUUAGUGUUGGGGUCCUGGAAACUCACUUUUUCAUUGUAAUUACGAUUGGGGCUUUUGUUAGCAGGGAGGGUGGGGUAGGAAGCAGUAGAUGGGGCAAGACCUUCAUUUCUCCUAAGAUUGGAUCGACUCCAACAGCAAACACUCAAAGAUGGCCGAGAGGGGCUGGCAGCCAGGGUGUUUGGGUGUUAGAGCUCUUUGGCAUUGCUUUUUUUCCCCAGGGGUGGCGGUCCCAGCCAGUUUGGUGCUGACAGCCAGCGGGAAUUAGAAUCUGUUUGCAACUUGUCCAGCCCACCAGCUCAACCUGAGGUUUCCCAUUCUUUGUAAGAGAAAUGUUUAUUCAUGACCGCCACAUCCCUGAUAUUAGUUCUGAUUUCUUUUAACAAAUGUUAUCAUGAUUAAGAAAAUUUUCCAGCACUUUAAUGGCAAAUUAAUUGAGAAUGUAAGAAAAUUGAUGCUGUAAAGGGCAAAUAAAGCUGUUUAUUAACCCUGA